AUGUCUGAGUCUUUGAGCCAAGGCGUAUCCCGCAAAGGCAGGAAGAAGGCACUACUCAUCGCGGUGAUGCAUGUAAUGGGGAUCGAUAUUCCGCUCCCCCACACACACGAUGAUGUACAAGAGUUCAAAAAACUUCUUAUUGACCAGUAUGGCUACGCUGAAGAUGAUAUUGUGAUGUUGGUGGACAACCGCCAAUUGCACAAAUCGUUUUUGCCUUCCGAAGUCAAUAUUCUCAAGAAAAUCCAAUGGCUCGUUGAGGAUGUUGGAGAGCACGACAGACUGGCAUUCUACUACUCGGGUCACGGCGGACAGACUAUCUGCCACCAUGAUAGUGAAGUUGAUGGUCAAGAUGAAGCUAUCUAUGAACAUAAUGGUGGCAAGAUUAUCGACAAUGUCCUGAAGCAGCAUCUGGUGGAACCAGUGUUGAAAGCGAAGGGUUGUCAAUUGUUCGCUGUGUUCGAUUGCUGUCAUUCCGGAACUAUCCUCGACCUCAAGCAUUCUAACUGCUGCUUUCCAUCACCGUCCCCUGUUAAACCCGUUGUGACCUCCAGCCAGCAAAGCGACAUGGAUGCAAGUCGAGCACCCCUCGUUGAGAAAUGGUCAUGGUUGUCGAAAAAAUAUCAUAUUUCCCUCCCGCUUCCCGUUUUCGACAUUGCAUUGAUAGGGCUUGUAAACCGUGUCAUGUUGCAUCUUCACAAUCACGCCGCGAGAAUACUGAAGGUCUUUCUCUCGAGCACACCACCUUGUGCCAAUGAAAUCAAUGGAUCUGUGCAGACUGCACCUUCAAGACCACCAGUCUCAGUCGAUACUGGCUUUGUUCCUCAGUCUCGCUGGCUCACGUCUCCACAUCGGACUGCGAUGUCACCCAUCUCAAUGUACCCAAAUGCCAGAUGCAACGGUACUUGUGUCAUGACUGCAGAAGAAGAGAAUCAAGGUCGUGUUGUGUGCCUGUCAGCUUGCAAAGACAGCGAAGAGGCACAUGACGAUAAUAUGACAGGUGCGACUUUCACAAAGUUUUUAAUUUCUUCACUGAGGAAGAACUCCAGUAUUUCUUACCGGGGCUUACUUGACAAUGUUAAGUCUCAAGUUGCCGACCUUGAGCAAACGAGGUUAGCAGUGAUGUGGAGAAAGACUUUUGGCCGCUUUCCGGUCCGAAGGAAACAAUUCGAGGUCACAUCGGAAAGUUCAAUCAACCGGAAAGGCUUAACUCAAGAACCUCGAGACUGGGACAAGAAGGUUUCAAUCUAA